GUAGAGAGUGACUGUAAAGAAAUUUGAUAUGCUGUUAUAAUAAGUACAAACACAGGUUAAAUACUAAAACUGAGAUGACUGACGUCAGAGAGCAGCUACUUUCCACUGAGCAGAAGUAUAAACGUUUCAAACAGCAGCAGUUUAUAUUUAUAACGGCUCUUGAGCGCUCGAGGGAACACGCCAGGGACAAAACGGAGCCUGUCUCCACCGUGUCACAGGUCCAAAGAUACAUGAAUCACCACUGCAGCAAUUCCACAGACAGAUGCAUCUUCUCGCUCUUUUUGGAAAUUAUUUCUGAUCUUGACAGUGUUUUAAAACAUCUGGAGUCACUAUCCAGCAGAAACACUUCUAGUGAGGGCCUGAAUACUUGCAGGGAGCUUCUCAGCUCCAACAGCAACAUCAGUCAGCUAAGAGCACACUACCCACAUGAUGAGAUCAACCGGCUCAGCUGUGAUGAAGCAAGAAAUUUCUACGGUGGGAUUGUGAGUGUGAUUCCACUUGCUCUAGACCUCCUCACCACCUACAGCAGAGGAGGUGCCGCUCAACAUGUCACUCCAACAGCUACAGAAACAUCUCAUCAAACAGUUCCAAAAAACAUGGAGAUGAUUGCAGCCCUUAAAAAAGACAACCUGAGUAGAUAUAAAAAAGGCGCAGGUGGCUGGCAUGCUGGAAAACCAGCUUGGAAGCCACCAGGAAACACAAGAAGAUAAAACACUUAAGCAUAUAUCGCAGUGAGUUGUCACAUGAAGUAUUAUUAAAUACACAGCUACCAUUUUAAAAAGAAUGACUAUGACAAAAAAAUAUGCAAAACAUAUAUAUUUUUAUUUUUUUGUUGAUCAUAGCAAGUAGGAGAACACAAAUCUGUUUUUUCAAAUUCAAAAUAGAGUCUCUGGUUACCUGUUACACCCAUCACUGUCUGAUUGUACCAUAGUUCAGAUAACUCAAACAACUUCAGGUGGCAGGCUUCCUACUUUUUUUUCAGUAAGGCAUUUCGUGAAACAACAAAAUGUUUGACAGGGCUUUUGGUAUAAAAACAAAAUAAAGUCUAAGCGACAAGGAAACAAAGCACAAGCUCUAAGAUCACACACGUGGUGAACUGUGAUAAGAACAGCCAGAACAGAAAGAAAAACAGCAGUGAUUUCCAUAGAUUUCAAUUCUCAUUGUAAACUCUCCGAGCCAUUUCCCCAGCUGGCAGGCCGAAACCAGCAUUUUAUUUUCUUUGCAACAGCACUUCACAUAU